CCCCGCCCCAGGAGCCUCCUCUUCCCCCUUCCCCCCUCCCCUCCCCUCCUUCCUGGCUCCCAUUCCCGCUGGUUUCCCCUGUCCUCCUCCGCGCUCCCUCUUUCCCCUGCUGCGCCCACGGGUCCUUUGCACUGUGUAGUCCCCCCUCUCCCCCUCCCUCCUGCCGCCAGUUUUGUGAAUCUGCUGCCGCGCUGCCCGUGCGCUCUGCAGCCCCUCGGUCCUGCCUGUUCCCCCGCUGUUGCCAGAAUGUCCUCGCACAUGGCUGUCACCCAUCUGCAAAAUGAGUUCCGGCGGUUCCUCAAGAACCCGGUCCCCUUUUGCCUGGCCUCCCCUCAGGCUAGCAACUUCCUCGAGUGGGAUUAUUGCCUGAUUGGCCCGCCGGACUCGCCCUACUUCGGGGGGGUUUACCAUGGGAAGAUUGUUUUCCCAAACAACUUCCCCUUCUCGCCACCGAGCAUCCUGAUGAUCACUCCCAGCGGCCGCUUUGAGACCAAUACGCGCCUUUGCCUGUCGAUGAGUGACUUCCAUCCCAAGACCUGGUCUGCCUCGUGGACGGUGUCCUCCAUCCUCCUUGGCAUCCAGUCCUUCAUGCUUGAGGAGACCCCCACGCAGGGGAGUAUUCACCCCCCGACGAGCUUCCUCGAGCGUCGAAAGCUGGCUGCCGCGUCGCAUAGCCACUGCCUCUCGAACCCUCGGUUCUGCAGUCAAUUUCCCCAGGUGAAGAGCGACAUCCAGUCGGGUCGCUUGCCGCCGGUGGACAUGUCCCCCGCGGCUCUCAAGGAGCUGGAGCAAAAGUGCCUUGCGCUGCUUUCCCUGCCCAAGAAGACCGCCGGCUCUGCCAGCGCAUCUGCAUUGCCCCCGGCCGCGGCCGAGUCGCAGCCCUCCCAGGAGGCCGAAGAGCAGCCGCCUGUCGCCGAGCCUGGAGACGACGUGCCCACUUCCUCCUCACCAACCUCCUCCGCCCCCUCCGCCUCCACUGGCCAUGUGGAUACGGGCGUCUCUUCGACAGUGGCCCCUGCGCAGACUCCCACCACCACCACCUCCAGGACCAAGCCCAAGAUUAGUGCCGCUGCCCUCCUCAAGCAGAAGGGCCGUAGUAUCUAGGUCUCUCUCCUCCACGGUUGUCUGGUGAAUCCCCCUUAGAUUCUCCUCCCCCUAAGCGCCCGCGCGUUCGAGAGCCCCCCCCCC